UUUUUUUUUUUUUUUGCAGGUGUGUCAAUUUUAAUUCUGCCCAGUAGGUGGGACUUGGUGACUUUCGCACCGUUUGCCUUAUUUAUUUAUUUCCCCGGCUGCCUCCCCAGCCUCCGUUGCGAUCCUCCGGAGCGGCGGGCGGGCGGCCGGGCCAGCAUGCAUCCCCGCCCGCUGCCGCUGCCCUAGCGGGAAUUACAGCCUCUCCGAGCCAGCUGCCAGCAUGAUUUCAUCUGCUGGAGGAUUUUUGCAUCUGAUCGCUUGAGGUUUUUUUGUUGUUGUGCGUUUUUUUUUUUUUUUUUUUUUUUUUUUUUUGCCUCCCUCCGUCUUUGUUUCCUUCCCCCCUUUCCCCCCCUUCCCCUCCCUCCAUCCCCCCUUUCCUCCUCCUCCUCUUUUUUAGCAGCAGCAAUCGGAGAUGGAUGUCUCUCUUUGCCCUACCAAGUGCACUUUCUGGAGGGUAUUUUUGCUCUGGAGCAUUUGGGGAGACUAUCUGCUUUCGGUGCUGGCUUGCCCUGCUAAUUGUCUUUGCAGCAAGACAGACAUCAAUUGCAAGAAGCUGGAUGAUGGGAACCUCUUCCCUCUCUUGGAAGGGCAGGAUUCAGGCAGCAGCAAUGGCAACACGAGCAUCAACAUCACGGACAUCUCAAGGAACAUCACUUCGAUACACAUAGAGAACUGGAAGAACUUGCAGACGCUGAACGCCGUAGACAUGGAGCUGUACACGGGACUCCAGAGGCUGACAAUCAGGAACUCAGGACUACGAAAUAUCCAGCCCCGGGCCUUCGCGAAGAACCCUCACCUGCGCUACAUAGACCUCUCUGGUAACCGGCUCACCACCCUGUCAUGGCAACUCUUCCAGACGCUGCGGCUCUUCGAACUGAGACUAGAGAGGAACCUCUUUAACUGCAGCUGCGACAUCCGCUGGAUCCAGCUCUGGCAGGAGAAGGGCGAGGCCAACCUGCAGUCCCAGGAGCUCUACUGCAUGAACAUGGACACAGCAGUCAUCCCUUUGCAGGAGAUGAACAUCACCCAGUGCGACCUCCCGGAGAUCAGCGUGAGCCACGUGAACCUGACGGUGCGGGAAGGGGAGAACGCUGUCAUCACCUGCAAUGGCUCGGGCUCACCACUGCCCGACGUCGACUGGACGGUGGCGGAUCUCCACUCCAUCAACACGCACCAGACCAACCUCAACUGGACCAACGUUCACGCCAUCAAUCUGACCUUGGUGAAUGUCACCAGUGAGGACAACGGGUUCCUGCUUACCUGCAUCGCUGAGAACGUGGUGGGGAUGAGCAAUGCCAGCGUGCUGCUCACCGUCUACUAUCCCCCCCGCAUCCUAACCCUGGAGGAGCCGGUGCUGCACCUGGAGCACUGCAUUGCAUUCGCAGUGCAUGGGAAUCCAGCUCCCACCCUCCACUGGCUGCACAACGGCCAGGUCCUCCGGGAGACGGAGAUCAUCCACAUGGAGUUCUACCAGCAAGGGGAGGUCUCGGAGGGUUGCCUGCUCUUCAACAAGCCCACUCACUACAACAAUGGCAACUACACCAUUGUGGCCACCAACCAGCUGGGUUCAGCCAACCAAACCAUCAAGGGACAUUUCCUUGAAAAGCCUUUUCCAGAGAGCACGGACAACUUUGUCUCAAUCGGUGAUUACGAAGUGAGUCCCACCCCACCCAUCACUGUGACCCACAAACCAGAGGAGGACACUUUUGGGGUUUCCAUAGCGGUUGGGCUGGCGGCUUUUGCUUGUGUCCUCUUGGUGGUCCUCUUUAUUAUGAUCAACAAGUAUGGCCGGCGGUCCAAGUUCGGGAUGAAAGGUCCCGUGGCAGUGAUCAGCGGCGAGGAGGAUUCGGCCAGUCCCCUCCACCACAUCAACCACGGCAUCACGACGCCCUCGUCCCUGGAUGCUGGCCCGGACACAGUGGUGAUCGGCAUGACCCGCAUUCCUGUCAUCGAGAACCCCCAGUACUUCCGACAAGGUCACAACUGCCACAAGCCAGACACGUAUGUCCAGCAUAUUAAGAGGAGAGACAUCGUUUUGAAGAGGGAGCUGGGAGAAGGUGCCUUUGGGAAGGUGUUCUUGGCCGAGUGUUACAACCUCAGCCCCACCAAUGACAAAAUGCUGGUGGCAGUGAAGGCGCUGAAAGACCCCACCUUGGCAGCCCGCAAGGAUUUCCAGAGGGAGGCAGAGCUGCUCACCAACCUGCAGCACGAGCACAUCGUCAAGUUUUACGGCGUGUGUGGUGACGGCGACCCGCUCAUCAUGGUCUUCGAGUACAUGAAGCACGGGGACCUGAACAAGUUCCUGAGGGCACAUGGCCCAGAUGCUAUGAUCCUCGUGGACGGGCAGCCUCGACAAGCCAAAGGGGAGCUAGGGCUAUCCCAGAUGCUCCACAUCGCUAGCCAGAUCGCCUCUGGAAUGGUGUACCUUGCCUCCCAGCACUUUGUCCACAGAGACCUGGCCACCAGGAACUGCUUGGUCGGAGCCAACCUGCUGGUGAAGAUUGGAGACUUUGGGAUGUCAAGAGAUGUCUACAGCACUGAUUACUACAGGGAAGGGCCGCGUCCGAAGGGCCAGUUCAGCGCAGCGUGGCAGCGACAGAGACUGGCACCGCCGGCAGCUGCAACAGUUGGAGGACACACCAUGCUGCCCAUCCGCUGGAUGCCUCCGGAGAGCAUCAUGUACAGGAAGUUCACGACGGAGAGCGACGUCUGGAGCUUCGGGGUGAUCCUCUGGGAGAUCUUCACGUACGGGAAGCAGCCCUGGUUCCAGCUCUCAAACACAGAGGUCAUUGAGUGCAUUACCCAAGGCCGAGUUUUGGAAAGACCUCGAGUCUGCCCCAAGGAGGUUUAUGACAUCAUGUUGGGCUGCUGGCAGAGAGAACCUCAGCAACGGCUCAACAUCAAGGAGAUCUACAAGAUCCUUCAUGCUCUGGGCAAGGCCACACCAAUCUACCUGGACAUCCUUGGCUAGCAGUGGCCACUUGUCAAAAGUCCCUGCUCCUUUCUUCCGUCCUUCCUUCCCUCUCCCCCUCCCCAGUCCUUUGCCCCUCAGCUCCCAAGCAAACAUCUUCAUAUAAACUCAAGUGCCUGCUACACAUACAACACUGAAAACAAAACAAAACAAAACAGAAAGCAAAACAACAAAAAUCCCACAAAAAAAUGACCUGUAAGGCAGUUUGGCUUAUAUAUAUUUAUAGAUAUCUCUCUAUAUAUAAAUUCCACACCAAUACAGAAAGAAGCUGCUGUUACAGAAAAAUAAGACUUAAAAAAAAAAGAAACAAAAAUGGGAGAAAAAAAAAAGUAAUUAAAUAUAUAUAUAUAAUUAAAAAAAAAAAAAAAAGAAAAGAAAAGAAGAAAGGAGAAGGUAUCUUCCCCCGAGCAAUGAAGCAGUGAAUUGUAACCCUGCUGUGAGUAUGGUUCGGGCUGUUGGGCAGGGCUCUAGUCUGGCUACAGCAGUGAUGCCAGCCUGGGUAGGAGCGCUGGGAGGAAAGCCCUGCCCCGGUUGUAUGAUAUGCACUGAAUGUGUGAAAUCAGUCCUCCCUUUUUGUCCUCGCCUCCCUUCCUCCUUCCCAGCCCACAGGUGAUGGGCGCAAAGCCAGGGCAGUGCCCCUGGAUGAACUCUUUUACCAAGCCCUUUCCUCCUUCUCCAUCCCUCCCUGCCCCUCUCUGCCUUCCUGCCUUUUUUCCUCCCUCCAACAUUUCAGGACAAUUUUUCUAAUUUGCUGAUUCUUAACUGUAUAGACUCAAGGCUUUCAAACACACAGUCAAAGGAUUGUGGCACCUACGGGUAAAACACACGCCGGGAACCAGCUGCCCUCCCACAGACAGCGCGUCGGCCGGACCCAGCCCUCCCUCCCUCUCUGGGGCAGGAGAGCAGUGGCACUGAAGGGACCCCCAGUGGGCUGAGGGGCAUCCUAAAAACCAUUCCUGAUUCAUCCCAACCCAUUCUGGUGUGCGAGACAGGAGUGCUGUUCUUCUCUGCACCUGGCAGAGAUGGGAGGAACAACCCCCCCAACCCCAGCCCUUGCCUUUUCUCCUCACCCUUCACUUUCGUUGAGGCCAUGGGAUUGUUCCCCUCCCUCAGCUGUCCACACCACAGCCGUAUUGGUGUAGACCCUCAGCAGACAGGGUUUGCAUCCCCUGUUUCAUGCACGGGGGAAGGCUGCAGUGAGCAGACCAGCUGGGAAUCGCUUGCAUGCCAGCUGAGCGUGCCUAUGGGGUCAGCAUAUCCCAGUGCUCUCCCUCCCUUUCCUCUUCCCUUCCCCAUCCCUGCCCCAUGCCUCAGUCCAAGCCUUAGGCACAAGCCAGCAGGGGCAAGGGAGGGGGACAAGGCUUGUGAGAUGGCUGGGAACCUACCAACACCUGCCUGCGGCCCCCUUGCCAUUCUCCUCACGUCCCCAUCCCCUGAAAGGAUUGAUGCAUCUGCCUUUGAGCUGUUGUGAAAUGCAGAGGCUGAAGAAUAGCUCCACAGGCAGCCCCGGGAGGAGGGGGGAAGGAAGGGAAGGUGCCUUCAGGAGCAGACAGCUCAGCGGAUGGCCGCAGUGGCCAGCCUUGCAUCUCAAUGAGGAUAAAGGGCUGACAGCAGCGACAGGGGGUGCUGGGGACAGCCAGGGAGAGACAGCAGCAUCCUCCCAACAGCCCACCUCCCUGGAGCAGGAAAUUAUCCCUAUCUGGGGAACGGCUGAGUCAGACGCUGAAUCCUGCCCAUCCAGACUGGGCUGAGAAAACAAAACCUUCCUGGGUUGCUUUUUUAUUUUUCCUCCAGUAGUGGAGGAUGAGGGGGAACCUCAGCUUGGCAGCCGCUCUCAGGAGGCAGGGAGCGGACGCCACAGGCAUUGUCAAGGCAAUUUUGAGAAGGCGACAAUCGCCAGCACAAAAAUAGCCUGCUCGGAUGUGGUGCUUGUCUGGAAGGGAAUGCAGAUAGGGGAAGAGGAGACGGAGAAGGGAUUUUGACUCCUUCCCAAAGCCAGAGUGGUGUUCAGGGCCAGGAUGCAAGAGGAGAUGGGUGAGACUGGCUGAGACCUGGUUAUGGCCAGCUACUGAAAGGGAAGGCUUUGCAUCCUCUCCUCAUCCUCCUCGUCUCUUGCCCUUCUCUACCUCCCACUCAUGGCUCUGACCUUAUGGUUUCAAAUGAGGCAGGAGACAAUUCUCCAAGGAAGUUUGUGGUGGCAGCAGUGUCCAUGGGUUCAGUCUGUGCUUGGGUGAGGGGAUGGGUGGCAGUAACCAUAUGGGAAUAAGGACACAGCCUUUUCCUCACCCGCCAGCUAAGGUUCAUCUUUGGAAGUGAAAAAAACUGGUUGAAGGGUUGCUAGCCCUGGCAUGGCUCUCUUUGUAUGCAGGCUGCUUGGCUGACAGGACUGGAGAGUGUACGCAGGGAGAACAAGUGGUGGCUGCUCAUAGCCCAGUGCCUCCAAAAGGAAUCCCUUCCCUGGGGCUGCCUGCCCCAUGCCCCAAAAGUCCUCCUGCUCUCGUGGCUUCCAGGCACAGUGCUGGCCUGUGCCAGCCCACCAUUUUGUCCGCCCUCCUCCCUGGCUCUCAUUUCUCUUUUUACCACUUUCAUGGGCAAUUACACAACAAAUUACCUAAAGACACUGUGUUCUCAUAGCCGUUAUUCCCCUAGAACCAUUAUGCAUAACAGCUAUAUCUUCCUUUCCUCCUUCUUUCCUCCUUCCUCUCCUCCCCACCACCACCGCCCUGUCCCUUGUGCCAGCUAUGUGUAUGGUCACGACAGUGAGGCGAGCACAGGAGCUGAGCAUCUCACCAGGCUUCGGGGCCACGUGGUGAGGAAUAAGUCUGUGAGAGGCAAGGGGAUGGGCCCCCAGAAGAUGUGAACUGGCUCAGACCAAGGUUCAGGCUGUCUGCUUUGCUGUUAGCCCCACCGAGUGCAGUGACUGCCUCAGAAAAAAGCCCUUUUGUCAAAGCCAGUUGUGAGCAAUUGCUCAGAAGAGCAGGACAAGCUGCGGUGACAUCUCCCUGUCUGCUGCUGCUUCCCUGUGCCCCUUGGCCUGGUGGUGCUGGAUGGAGGUUUGUUGGCGGGGAAGAAGGGGCUGUGUUGUAUUUUGGAGAUGCGAUUGAAACUGCUGCAUCCCUUUUCGGUAUGACAGGCCUGGUCAGGAGGGGAAGAGAGGCCUGGUUUUGGAGGGGAAGAGAGAAAGCAUCUGUGCUGAGUUCCUGGUGAACACCCCGAGACCUCAUUUCCAGAAGAACCUUCCCUGGGCCAGAAGAGGAGCAACCCAUCAGCAUGGAUGGUGGCGCCUUCCCUGUGGGACGAGGGGCUCUUGAGGGGAUCCUGCCACUGCCCCACUGCAUGUGAAGGGAGGAGGAAGAGCAGAUCUGGGGGAAACCCUUGUGGAGUGCCAUAAGUCUCAGUGUGGGAAACAUUUGGAGGCAAAGAGAAAUGAGUUUGUGCUCCUUCUCCAUUUCCAAGAUAGCGACAUCCCAUUGCCCCAGCCUCUGCUAGGAGGGGAGAGCAAUCCCUGUGGCAUGGGAGCACCAACAGGUCUCAUCCAGGUCCAGGGCAGGCCAGGCCUUGUUCCCAGCACCUGACCUCAACCAUUCUGCUCCUGAGCACUGCAAACGUGAGCACCAACUCAGUCCCUUAAGGGUGUCACUGAUGUGAUGCUGUCCCGGUGGGGAAGGCACUAUUUAGUGCAUGGUACAGAUGGCAAUCUGAUGCCAGGGCUGCAAAGUGUGGGCAGUAAAUUUGGCUCCAGCCUUACGGGCUCAUCAGUGGCCUGUCUUGUCUUUCCCAGCCAUUAUUUUUCCUUCCAUCAUGGUCUGGCAGGUUCCAAGAUGAAAGCUGAAAUGUGGCUAAAAGGGAAGACUUGCAACGAUCUGACAGAUUGGAAGCCCACCCUGUCUCCCACAAAAAAUUGCAUAUUGAUCUAAAUAUCCCUUGAGGCAUGUAUUUUAGGGGUGAAAAAGAGCCUGGGCUGCCUCAUUUCAGGCCUGUGCCUCUGCCCAUGGGGUGUUGAAUUGCAGACAGGUGGCUCUGGGAGCACGUGCUGCACAGACAAAUGUGAAAAGUCUGGAAUGCCUUUGGAGAGGCUGCAUGGUUGAGAGACAUCAUUAGCUUUGAGCCGUCUGCUUGUCCCCAGGAGUGGGCGGAACAAGGUGGUAAAACAUGUGGGGAAAUAAAAAAGCCAAGGAAAGGGAAGGGCUGCUUGUAGAAGGCAAGUGAGGAUCUUGGGUUGGGAAAUUGAGACUGGUUUCGGGAGUGUGGCAUAGAAUUUUAAGUACCACAGUGUAUACAAGCAAAUAAAAAAAAAAAAAGGAAAA